AAUUAUUAAAUCCCCCAUUACUCAUAGGCGUACUGAGACGUAUUAAGGAAGGGGCUCGUGUCGACGAACAUAUAUCUGACAGUUGCGCUAGUGGGAAGGUCGUAGAUAAAUCUUGCACACAACCAGAGCACAACCAUGGGUGCUCACGUAUCAAGAACGGAUUACGAAUGGUCAUAUACCGAGGAGCCUCAUGCAACGAGACGGAAGGAAAUCCUAGCCAAAUAUCCCCAGGUAAAGAAGUUGAUGGGCACUAAUCCCAACCUGAAGUACAUUGUGACAUUGAUGGUCCUGGUGCAGAUCCUAGCAGCGUACUUCAUCCAAGAUGCAUCGUGGGUAACUGUGGUGUUGUUGGCUUACUGUUUUGGUGGUACCAUCAACCACUCAUUGACACUUGCCGUCCAUGAAAUUUCUCACAAUUUGGCGUUCGGACAUAGUAGACCACUAGCAAACCGAAUACUAGGAUUCUGGGCCAAUCUUCCAAUCGGCAUUCCGAUGUCCAUCUCCUUCAAGAAGUACCAUCUGGAGCAUCACAAGUAUCAGGGGGAUGAUAUGCGUGAUGUUGACAUCCCCUGCAAGCUGGAGGGGCAGUUCUUCACCAACACCAUGACCAAGUUUAUAUGGGUGUUGUUGCAGCCCUGGUUCUAUGCUCUGCGACCUCUGUUUGUCUACCCAAAGCCACUGACAACCUUGGAGGUUAUUAAUGUUGUCAUACAGUUUUCUUUCAACGCUGCUAUUGCAUAUUUCUUUGGAGCAAAGUCUUUGGUGUAUUUGGUGGCCGGGACCUUAAUGGCCACGGGCAUGCAUCCGCUGGCUGGGCACUUCAUCUCGGAGCAUUACAUGUUCAUCAAGGGUUAUGAGACCUACUCCUACUACGGCUGCCUCAACUAUCUCACCUUCAAUGUCGGCUACCACAAUGAACACCACGACUUCCCCAACAUCCCUGGAUGUAACCUGCCACAGGUAAAGAAGAUUGCACCUGAGUAUUAUGACGAUCUACCCUGUCAUAGGUCAUGGGUCAAGGUCAUCUACGACUUCAUCACUGACCCUGAGAUUGGGCCCUAUUCCAGAAUUAAGAGGAAUCCAAAGACAGACAAGCAGUCAACCAACGGGAAGGCUGUUGAAACAAAUUCUGAAUCGAACAACAAUGGUGACGUUAAAGCCACCAAUGGAGCCAUUAAACCCACCAAUGGUCAUGUUCAGAAUGGACUUGAACACAGAAGUGUUUCCAAAACACCUCUUCAAAGUACUUAAUAUUCCAUUAUUGUAAUAUAUGUUACUAGGUAAUAAUAAUAAUGUUGCCAUGGUAAUUGGUAAUGUGGUGUUAUAUUUCUAUAACAACUGUACAUAUGUUGUUUGAUAUUUACAUCAAGUAUGCUUAGCCAUCCUCAAGUUCAGCAAAGGAUUGUUAUGGCUCCAUUGUCUCUCAAUUUAAAUUAAUUCAUUUGAAAAAAGUUGAUUGAAGUGGUAUUUUUUACCCAAAAUAUUA